AUGGAGGAAGAGGAUCUUGACAUGGACUAUUAUUUUGAAGGAGACGAAGAUGAAGAGAGCUCACCAGAAGAUGAGAAGGAAGAAGAGAAGCCAGCAAAAAUCAUGGAAUGGGGAGAGAAAGUAGCUGGCAAGCGUAAGCGUGGUAAACGACUCUUCACUUUGUCACCCGAACUAGCUGCAAUAGUUGGUGUGAAACAAAUGACUCGAUUUGAAGUAGUUAAGAAGAGCUGGGACGUCAUCAAAGAGAGGAAUCUCUAUGCUCCUCUUAAUAUGAUGUUUGCCAUUUGCGACGGAGAGUUUAUGAAGGUUAUCGGAGAGGAGCGUUUCAGAGUCUUGGGUAUCUCAGAAUAUCUUAAAAAUCACUGUCACAGAAUGAAGCAAGACAAUGACAUCUGA